AUGACAAACAGAAACAGAUUCAGUUUGGGAAACGAUGAAUAUCUGGGAACUUAUUCAUAUGCUAAUGAAGGCAUAUGUAAUGAAGGCAUAUGUAAUGAUGACAUUGAAAAACACCUUCCAAGCAAGUAUGUCAACAGGAAAGAAGAAACUUAUCCAUGGAAAAAUUUGGCAAAGGACUUUAAGCUUAAAUUUCAGCGGUUAAGGCGAUCUUCGAAUAUUUGGUUCGUGCUAUGCAUACUGACUAUGCUUGGUUUUUUUCUACUAGGUUCUUUCCACAAUAUUCUGCUUCUGUAUUAUAUUGGUAAUAAAAAAGAGAAAUUGAGCGAGACUUUCAUUUCUUCACCUAUCGAUGCACCUUUUCAAAUAGGUUGCAGAGAGCCUGACAUAGAUCACCCGAGAGCCAAUGCUGCGUUUGUCGUUUUGGCUAGAAACUCUGAAUUAGAUGGAGUUGUCAGAUCAAUGAUAUCAUUAGAGAGGCAUUUUAAUCAAUGGUUCAAUUAUCCCUGGGUCUUCUUGAACAAUGAGUUAUUCACAGAUGAAUUCAAAGACAUCGUACAAAAAUAUACUACUUCCAAGGUAGAAUUUGGAUUAAUUCCACCAGAGCAAUGGCAAUUUAGAAGUGAUGUUGAUAAGAAUGAGAUUAGAGAAAGUAUUGAAAGUCAAGGUGAUCGAACAAUUUUGUAUGGUAAUAUGGAAUCGUAUCAUAAGAUGUGUCGAUUUUAUUCUGGAGCUUUUUACAAGCAUGAUUUGGUUAAAAAGAGAGACUGGUACUGGAGAGUUGAACCAGACGUCGAAUUUUUUUGUGAUUUGACUUAUGAUCCGUUUGUGGAAAUGGAAAGGCACGAUAAAAAAUAUGGCUUCAAUGUCAUGAUUACAGAAUUAUAUUAUACUGUCCCUGGAUUAUUCAGAGAAACUCAAGCUUUUAUAAAGAAGAAUGGCGUCAAUGUUAAAGGGGCGUGGGAUUUGUUUGUCAGCAACUCAAAGUACGUUAUUGGAGAAAAUAAGAAUUUGUAUGAUGGGUUGUCCAACAAAAGGGAGGUUUUAGAUGAAAUCGAGAGAAAUAUAAAUUUGAAAGAAUUCUUACAACAAAAGGGCAAGAAGGAUAAUGACGUGGCUGAGUUGAAUACAGAUAUUUUACAUCAAUUGUUUAAAAAAUCAAAGAGACCAACAUUGUAUGAAGAUAGAAUAGAUGGAGAAGAAUAUAAUUUAUGUCAUUUUUGGUCAAACUUCGAAAUCGCUAGAACAGAUUUGUUUAACUCACCGGAGUAUCAAGCAUAUUUUGAGCAUCUAGAUGAAAGUGGAGGCUUUUAUAGGGAACGAUGGGGAGAUGCUCUGAUACAUUCAUUAGCAGUUGGAAUGAUGCUAGACUUGAAGGAUGUCCAUUAUUUUAGAGACAUUGGAUACAAACAUUCUGUUUUGGGUCAUUGUCCAGCGAAUUCAAUUGAUAAUCAAUUAAAAUACUCUCCUGCGAAGCAAUUCAGCUAUAAAGGACCAACCGAGCUGAUGCGGUCACAUCCACAAAAAGGCACAAAAAAUGGAGUAGGCUGUAGAUGUGUGUGUCCGUAUAGACAUAAAGAGAUUGAGAAUUCUGGGUUUUGUCUUCAAAGAUGGAAAUCACAUACUAGGGAAGGCUUCAAGACAUUCCAACCUUUAGAUUUAAAUCGUUGGGAGCGAAGAAUAGAAAAACGAAUCAAAAGGCAUCUAGCAGAAGGAGGAAAGAUCGGAUCCAAAAAAGUAGUGGAUGAUCUUAUAUGA